CCCAACAGGCUUGUUUGUUUGGUCUGACAACAUCCAUCAUCAUCAAUUAGGAAGCCGUUUGUGGGUUUUUUUGAAUUUGAAUGGGGAAGGCAAAGAAGCGAUGGACAUCGGAGGAAGAAGCGGCUCUUUCUGCCGGAGUAUACAAGUACGGCACCGGCAAAUGGAAGGACAUCCUCAACGAUCAUCAGUUUGCUCAUUGCCUCAUUAAUCGAUCCAAUGUCGAUCUCAAGGAUAAGUGGCGUAACUUAGGUUGUAACGCGUCAAACAGCCAAGGCUCAUCGCGUAGGCAUACAGGUUCUAGUUACAUGAGACAAAUGUGGAGAAUGGUAGGAUCAAAGAAGAGGCUAUGCCAAAUCACUAUGAUAAUCGUAAUAAUACUUACAAUGUUAGGCCUCCUUGGAAUGCAAACGCAGUAUUGGAAUAAGAGGCUGCUGCCUCUUAUGCUCACAAUAAGGCUGGAAAGAUGGUACAUGAUGCCCUCAAAGACAUGGAAAGACUUGAAAACCUUUCUCAAGAGACUUUGGCGGUUCUACAAAUGGCUCCAGAGCUUUAACCAACAUGUUAAAGUUCACCGGAUGGUAUAGGUUUCUAUGGAAGAAUGAUGUUUAUAAGUGACUUUCCUAUUCAUUUUGGUUACUGAUAAGCGCCUGGCUAGGUAGUUAUGUUGUUUAAACUGGUCUCGAGUAAAACUUUGUGAUCAUAGGUUAAUAUAUCAUCGUCUUCCUUGUAUUCAUUUUUUGAUCAAACAUGUCAAGAUAUGUUUAUUGGCUUGUAUGAUUUCAGCCAGCAAUGGCUUUGGCUUGUAUGAUUUCGCAAGUAGCAUAUCCACCUCA